UACGAUUUUCAAUUCCGAUUGUAUCUACAUACAUGAUCAAUCUAGAAAGGGAGAAUUGUUGGAUGAAUAAGAAUAAAAGGCUGAAAGCCGUGCUAUCGUUGCCUCGACGCUGAUUAGAUUGUCGACGGGUGAUAUGAGAUUUUCCUGCGGAUAUGCUUCCUCGUCCUCAGCAACAUUAGAUAUGGGAAAAAUGACGAUGGUUUCUACGACGACGAAUACCGAGUCCCAUUGAAAAAGGAAUCGAUUUCGUAACUAAGCAAGCUAAAUAUGCGCCUCUUUGAUGCAUGUCACGAACUCGUCUUCUGUCCACGAUGAACACAUUCCUCCGGAGCUUUCUAUGCUCUCGAUAACACUCUCGCACCUUUAACGUCCGCCUACCUUGACCAGCUUGAUGCGAAUCUUAGCCAUUAUGGGCCCCGAAAAAAUCUCCGUCUGGCACGAUAGUGAUGAUAAAUCUACACCCAUUAACCUCACAAGUCUCUGCGAGAUCGUUAGCACUCAUUUCGACACUCCCUGCAGAUUAGCGAAAAUCGCAGAGGGGGGAUAUCACAAGGUGUAUGAAAUUUAUCGAGCGGACGAUCAAGGCUCAUUUUCGGGCACGACGAGUCUGAAUGCGGUGGCCAGAGUCGCUUCAACGGCUUUCCCUAAGGAUAAGAUGAUGUCCGAGUACAAUAUAUUGGCGCUCAUACAUCAGUGCCAGUACCGUCAAUCAUGGCGUGGGAUGUGGAUGCUGCUAAUCCUGUCAGCGCAGAGUAUAUGAUCAUGGAGAAGGUAUAUGCGGGUUUUCUUCGCCGCUCUUUGCGUUCAACAACCGGAUCUAACGACGAGAGAAUCAUAGAUGCCGGGAGUGGUAGCCUCGGAAGUAUGGUAAACACUAGUAGGUGAUAUCAAAGAGAAGGUUGUGAUCCAG